CCGUAUCGAUUUCCCUGACGAAGAAAUUCCUCACACACCGCGACACACGAUGGCAAGAACAUUAGCGCUUCCGGUGCUGCUGGUAACGGUGGCGUCGGUGGUGAUAUUCGGCACUGGUGUACAGUACGCCAGUGGCGCAUCAUCGAUCACGGUCGAGAAGUCAGCGUACAAAAACGUCGUCAUCGAGAUCCGGGAUAACGUCCCGGUGGACAACUGCCAAACGAUACUGCAAAAUCUAGAGAUUAUGCUAACGUCCGCAUCGCAGUACCUCUUCAAUGCACUCGACAGCCGGGUGUACUUCGGUGAAGUGUCGGUGAUCCUGCCGAACCAUUGGCCCCAGUCCUGCAUACCCUACAACCAAACACGCACUUCAGCGAGCGGUGAAACGGCGGACGUCACCAUUCGACCGCACACCAAGGCCGAACCCUCCAUCUGGACGCAACAGUACGCCGGUUGUGGAGAGUCGGGUGAACAGAUCUACGUCGAUCCGGAGAUACUGGGCCGUGAGACAAUCUGGCGGGAGUUUAUCCGCGAGUGGGCAAAGUACCGGUACGGUGUGUUCGAUGAGAUCGGGUACGAUCGCGAUCCGGUCUAUCCACGAUGCUACAUUAACGACGAGCACAAGGUCAAGCUGACUGGUUGCUCCGAUGCGCCAGUCAACGAUGAGGGCCUAUGCGGUAGCCCAUCCUCUCCCGUACCGGUCCCGUACAACAUUAGCCGUGUGUUGGAUCCGAACGCACGCACCAGCAUCAUGUUUGCGGCAGAAUCGAAAAGCGUUACCAUGUUCUGCGACGAGGGCACACACAACCGCUACGCACCGACGAAGCACAAUCAGAUGUGUGAUCGCCGUAGCACGUACGACGUGAUUCUGAAGCACUCGGACUUUGCGCCUCAAAAUCAGAUGGAGUUUAACCCUUCGGUGAUCAUUAACACGGUGCCAAAGUUUAGCUACAAAUCGCGCAAACUAACCCGCUACGUGAUCGUAAUCGGUCAGACGUUUGUGAUGCGAGAACGGGAAACGUGGAGCUUCCUGCGACGUGCCAUACGCAAGUGGAUCGUAUACGAUCUGCCGGCCACCAAGACCGAGAUCGGUAUCGCACUCGCUAACGAUACGGCGACGUACGAUAUGCUCCCGAUCACCUCGCUCCAGAUCGAGAAGAACAAGGACCGGAUCGCAUCCUUCAUCCCGUACACACCGAGCGAUCUGAACCGUCCGACGUGUUUAAGCUGUGGCAUUUCCGACGCCAUCCAUAUGUUGAACGAACAGACGCGCCAUCACGGACCAGCGAACUCGAUCAUUCUGGUGAUCGCCCCCGGUAUGGACAUUGAGCAUGAAUCGCUAGCACGUUCGGCACGUGCCUCCAAAAUUCGUAUCGCUACCAUCAACUAUCCGAUCGUGGAACCACGCCGGCCCCUAGACCCGUUGGCACACGAAACCGGUGGCAGCGCGUACUCCGUGUUCGAGUGUCGUGACAAUUCGGAAAAAUCUCUCGUCACCACGUACUUUGAGCUAUCGAACGCACUGUACAACAUCGGUAAGCUGUACUACGAAGGCAAUCGUAACGAAUUCCCGGUAGAAAUCUUCCGCCGUGUGCUGGUUGAUUCGGUGGGCGAAACCAAUUCGCAGCGCAGUAGCCGUACCGUGACCGGGAACUUUAUGCUCGAUCCGUUCAUGGGCCCACCGGCCGAGUUCUUCAUUUAUGUGCACAACUCUGAAAAUCCCCUCGUAUCGAACGUGCGCCUAACCAACCCGAACGGUAUCGUUUACUCAUCGAUGAGUGAUGCCCGUGCUUCGGUGCGGCAACUGUCUCUCCUGUCCACGAUCAAUGAAACCGGCAUUUGGAACUAUUCGAUCGAACGAUUCCAGGGUAAUCCACAACCGCACUAUGUGCAAGUGAUCGCCACACCUCGCUCUAAGUACGCACCAGUUAUAACGGCACGGGCCUGGGUACAUCGGAGUAAGGCUGGUGGACCGAUCGUACUGUUCGCGGAGGUGAAAAAGGGAGAUCUACCAGUAGUGUCAGCACAGGUCGAAGUCACCGUUACCAAACUGGAACGUAUUUGCGAACGCUUCCGGGAACCGACGGUGCAGAGUGAUGAACGGUUCCUGCUGCUAGACACUGGUGCUGGUGAUCCGGACAUUACCAAGGGUGAUGGAGUGUACUCUCGCUACUUCAAUGCGGAUGAAUUUGGCGGACCAGGAACGUACCAGCUAGAGGUUACAGUCAGUGAUCGUGGCAACACGGCCUACACGCUUGCGGAUGGUGCCAGUUACACCGCGACGUCCAGCACACAACCGGGACGUUGUUGCGGUAGUUCGGUACCCAUUCCUCAGAAGCAAUCGCUAGAUUCCUUCGAACGCAUUCUCCCCCCAAUGACGGUGUUUGUUAGCCAGGCGGAUUUGAUUAACGCCGCCAAGGUGCCGGUCGGUCGUAUCAGUGAUCUUAGCGCCGACGUGGAAGGCAUGAAGGUUCGCCUCAGCUGGACUUCACCGGACAUGGGAGGAAAGAAUGUGGCCCGUUACGAGGUAAAGUAUGCCACCACGAUCAAGGACAUCGUGGACAACUUUGACACGGCCGCCGUACUUUGGCAUCACGACACACCGUUUACGUUCUCCAUCGGCGAAGGUAGCGAGUUUACCAUGAACAUUACGCACGAGCCGCAUCUUUUCGGCCAGAUUCUGUACUUUGCCGUGCGGCCAUAUGCAACACUCACCAAGGACGCCGAACCCGGACCUAUCUCGAACUACGUCCGAGCGUUUGUGACGAAACCGAAGCCUACGACACUGUUCCCACCGUCCAGUACGGGUGGUACGGAAAGCUACGAUUCCAUCUGGUCAUCCUAUGACGGUAUCGCCAAGAAUGGAGACGACAGCAUGGACAUUAUACCGCGCAUCGCCAAAAGUAUGGACCUCGGUCCAGAGUUGCUGCUGCCUAUCAUUGCCGGCAUCAUACUGCUGAUCGCGCUCAUCCUUAUCUACUGCUGGUUCUGCGUGAUCAAGAAGCGGCACGAUACGCAUGACGACGAGCAGAAGAAACCGAUCAAAUCGUUUAAGAGCGACACAAAACUCACCACCAGCCAUAGCGUGAUCGUGACGGCCGCCGGUAACGGUUCGUCACCGUCCUCCAACUCAACGACAUCGUCCUCAUCCUCGCCGAACCAUCAUCAGUCCGCCAACCAUGGAGGUCAAACGACACUUCCUCAGUCCAACUCGUACGAUAUGGGGCUGGGUGAUCAUCAGACCGUUGGCAUCCCGACCAUCUACAACAUCGACGACGAUGUGCUGCUGGCCAAAAAGCGGUACAGUGCCGUCAUCAAUAUGGGUCCACCGACGCACCCGAUGGAGCAGCAGCUGAUCGAGGAGCUGAAGCAGCAGCAACACAUCAUCGACACGCAAUCCUUCAUCAUGCCGAACCAUGGCGGUCCCACAGCCAAUGGUACGAUCGGACCGAACAACAACAACAACAACAACAACAAUUGCAGCGUAAGCAUCAUAUCGACCACCUCCAACAACACAACGCUAACGCGCACGUACAAUCCGAACGCGGCUGGCACGAUUAUGGUCGGUGGCCGUACACUGAGUCCGUACGAAUCCUGGUCCGCUUCGCAACUGCUGCAGGAGCACGAGCAGCAACAUCAGCGACGCCAUAGCCCCACACUUAUUGACGAUCUGAUCGACAAUAACGUGCAGCAGUCGUUCUACAACCCUGGGCAAUCGGUACAGCAGCUCCAUCCGCAGCACGCCCAUAUGCUGGGUCAACCGGGCACGGAUCAGAUGUCGAUGUUGAACAACAAUCAUCUGAAUGAGAACGGUUCGCCACCGGUUCCACCGCUACCGAUCUACACUACCAGCCCGAGUGUUGGUGCUUCGGCUGCGGCUGUCGGUAAUACGACCUCGUACGUGUACGGACAAAGUCACGGUUCAUCGGUUAGUUCGGUCAACAGUGGACUUGGCCCGAUACCGAACGGUGGUUCCACGAUAAGCGGUACGGACACGAAGAAGCGACGCAAUGUCACCAUGGUCUAAGAUGG